UCCACCCUUCCACUCGAUCUUAGCUCACUCUAACAACUCAAGUUAAACUCUUCCACCCCUUCCUUUUACAUAUUCCUUUUUAUUUUAAUUAAUUUUUAUUAUUUUACUAAAAUUAGGAAGAGUAUUCUAGUUAAAUUCACUAAAACCUUCGGCUACUUUCCUACCACUUGUCACGUAACUUCUCCCAACCUCCCUCUCAACCUCCCUUUAUAUACAUACACCCCUUUCACUCCUUCACUCAACCAAAUUCACUCAUUUCUCUUCAUUCAUUUCAAAGCACAAAAACAACCAAAUACUUUUACAAUUUCCACCCUUUUUAAUUUAAUCAAUCUUCCAUUUUCUAUAUUUUUUUAGAUAUGGCACUUGAAGCUCUUAACUCUCCUACAACACCACAUGCCCCUUUCAAAUUCGAGGAGCGCUCCUUUGAUCAUUGGGUCAAGAAGAAGCGUUCGAAGCGGUCUCGAAACCAGAUGUCGCCGCCUACCACCACCAUCAACACCACAACCGCCAUCCCUGAUUCCCGUCUAUCCGAAGAGGAGUACCUCGCUUUUUGCCUCCUUAUGCUCGCCAAAGGCGGCGCACCGCCUAAAACUGAAGUUCCAAUCAUAAGCGACACCAAGCAGAGCAAUAGCAAAUCACUUGUAUAUAAAUGUUCAGUAUGUGGAAAAUCUUUUGGGUCUUACCAGGCUUUGGGAGGGCAUAAAGCUAGCCACAGGAAACCCGUUAGCGAAGACGAAAAGCCAUCAAUCACAGCCACCUCCGCCGCCGCCACCACCACCACCACCAUCUCCACCGCCAGUGGGAAGACACACGAGUGCUCGAUUUGUCACAAGUGCUUUCCCACCGGACAAGCGUUGGGAGGUCACAAGCGGUGCCACUACGAUGGUAGUAUUGGGAGUGGACCAACCAAGAGUGGAAGCAGGACGGCUAGUGGAGUCACGGCCUCUGAAGGAGUCGGGUCUACUAUCAGUGGCGGAUCUACGCAGCGGGACUUUGACCUGAACAUGCCCGCUUUGCCUGAAUUCUUGUCCGUUGACUUUUUUAAGAAUAGGGGGCAGAGUGUGUUUUCAAGGGAUGAGGAGGUUGAAAGUCCUCACCCUUUGAAGAAGCCUCGCCUUGUGUUGACUGGGGCAGAGCUGUUUUGAAAAAAUGAUUUUCUAAUUGUGAAAAUAUUAUUUUUACUUGUGUAGGAUAUUGGAUUAAUUACUUCUUUGGUGUAGUACAUUUUAUUUAUUCUUAUUGGGGUUAAGUUUAAAAGACUUGCAAAAAUUUGGUGUAUAAAUUUGUGUUAAUUUUCUCUGGUCUGGUGUAUAUUAUAUAUACUCCUGUUAGUAUAUAAUUCUGGCAAAUGAUUAAGCCAGUAUU